AUGAUAUCAUAUCUAUCACUCCAAUCCUUGCAAUUUCACAAUUGCAACUCCUCCCUUAUUACAACUGCUGCUACUUUUCUAUGCAUCUUUUUACCAAAUUGCUCCUACUCAGAGAAGUGGGUUUUUCUAGGGUUUGGAGGAUAUGCCGAAAGCGGGUUAAAUAACUUAGUUUGGAGACAGAGAAGGUAUUUUAUGGAUUGCAUGACUAGAAGUAAUCGAAGUAACUAUUCAUUGGAAAUCCACCCCAUACCAAAGCAUUGGAAGGAGAAGAGAAUUUCUUAUAUUCUUUUCUUGAGCUAA